GCGUGUCCGACCGGGAUCUGCCCGGAAAACAACUAUGCAAAGAAAAAAGUUUUACAGUUACACAUUGUGAUGCAAAACAUGCAAGACUUUCCAUGCGUCAAAUGCUUACGAGUCUAGUUUCGUGUGUGUUUUGCCUUUAUAAACUCUGCAUUACAAGUUUUCUUCGUCAUGCGAGGCAUAUUUGUAAUGCUGAACUCACUACAAAUGUGUCACUGUAACACUUUUUUCGUGGGAUAACAACGCCUUGAAUUCUACUGCAGAGAACUGCGACGCUUAUGCAACCUACCGGGACUUUUCCGACGCUGCGGGGUGCGACGGGAUGGAAGUCUGCCCGUUGGAUUGCGUUAUGGCGGACGAGGGCUG